UCGAUCCUGAUCGGACUAAAUUUCCGGUUAAAUAUUCAAUCAUAUGUUUUAUCACCUCCUCCACAAAAAUUCCCCGCUCUAAAACUAAAAGAAUUAUUUUUAAAAAUAUUCCAUCGGGCGAAGUGAAGUGAGUUUAUCAAAAAUUUAAUCGUAAAAUUGUGGAACCAAUGACGAUAGAGAAAUAAAUAUCUCGCGUGCACGUAGGUCAUGGACCGUGAUUUUUUUCCUCGCACGUAAUUGAUGAUUUGACGUCAGAUGGAACUCCCCGGGAAUUGGAUACUCGAUAAAUAACGUGUCUAACGGAUUUAUUCGUCAAUGGUUGGGCGUUCGUAUCGCCAGUGUCAUUUGUUAGUGUCUGUGAGGCGUGAAUUGUGACGGCUGUAAUAACGUACAUGUGUACAUAUAUAAAUACUUGCUUAGUUUAUCGUGUUGUGGCUGUAGUACACAGCACAACCGGUGAAUUGACAGUGUCUGGACGAACGGGGUGCCGUGCGGUAGCAUCACGUUCCACGGUUUUUGGACAUUUAAACAAUUUGUGGAUGGACGGUUUACUUGGUUAGCGGCGUUCACUCUUGGGUCGCAUCCGGAACUUUAGGAUUUUAUCUGUUUUUUUUUCUUCUGUGGACAUGAAGAGAACUCUGGAAACUGCGGGAUUCCUCGUGGCUUCGUUUUUUAUUUUUGUGGUGACUCAAAGAGUCGAGUGUUAUCCCCAGAAAUGGCCGCCAUUCUACUCCCCAGAGGGUGACACCUCGAGGAUCUCUGAAUUGCCGCCGUCAUCACCAAUCACGCCCUCUCGCGAGGGUAAACGUGACGAUGAUGAAUCCAUCGUCACUGCGAGUGCAGUGGACCCGAAGCAAAGGGGCGACAGUCGAGGGGACGCGGAGUUGAGUGAAGACAUGGACGAAGAGACGAAGCGAGUGCUCGAAGAAGCCUUCCGGACGUCUUUGGAAGAUUUAAAGGAAUUUGAGGACAAAUCCAAGAGUAGACCCGUUGACGAAAUGCACCUCAGACGAUAUGACUUCAAGCACGGAAUCAGACCAGGCAACUUGGUUCCUUACAUCGGAGACAGAAUAGUAUUUCCAGAGAACGGAGUGAUGUCAAGUGUGAAGAAAGACAGGCGAGGACCGACCUGUCGACGCGGAACAUUUUGUGAAGACACACCUUCUUAUCCGAUUGAGCUGAUCAACCGAGCCAUCAGGUCGGACACAAAUCUCAAGUAUCUACAGGUCAAGGAUGAGCUUGAAGCGACCGUUUCACUGAGGACAUCAGGGCUAGAAGAAGUACUUUGCGAAUCAAAGAAACAAUUGGUUCGACCCAGAGUUGCCAAAAAUAAGAACAGCGAGUGGCGGUACAUCGUGAACACUGAUAACUUCACACAGGCGAUUGGAGUGGAAACCUGCGACAACAACGAUAGCCCCUGUAAACUGGUGGAUAAUUUCGCAGGCGGGUACAGGACAAUGUGCAAACAGAAUUACAUCUAUCGUGAACUUGUGGCUGUAGGAUCUGACAACAAAAUAGCAACGGAGAAGUUCCAAAUACCAGCGAGCUGCUGCUGUCACGUUCAAUUCAUUGGAGAUCCAACUCUUCGAAUGGGCACUAAUCUCCAAAAGAGUGACUCAUAAGGGCCAAAGGUCCAAACGACUCGGAGCAACGGAAUUAAUCGAUGGUUCAAUCAAUUAAUUGAUUGUAACGACUCUUGGGCUUUUUUAUUUUCAUCGCAUCUUCAAGUGUCAAUUGCAAUGUGCACACGCAGUGGUCUUGGAAUUGUCAGACAAGGGACCGAGUGGGCAUAGUUCGUCAUCUCUAUCGUCAUGAAAUGUCUAAUAUCGAGAGCGUUGGCUUGAAAGCAAAUUCUCUCCUCAAUAUUUCUGAACAAGUUUCCCGCUAUUUCCUCUCCCUCAUUCGGUGAUUCCUCCAUAAUACCACGGAGGAUCGAUCGUCGCAGAUGUAUAAGGAUUGUUAUGCCCGGGGGCCAUAAAAUAGAGUAUCUUUGGGAUGAAGGUGAACUCAUGGUGAAACGCGAGAUUUUUGUUUAUAUCAAUCAACGACAUAGUCUGUAAGAUUUAAUAUAUGAAUAUAUAUUUAUAUGAGAUUGUAUAAUGUUUGAAUUGUGUAUAAUACGGUUGAAAAACUUCAUUGUGAUAUUACAGUUAUGAUUGAUUUCGAGAUGCAAUUAUUAUUUUGAUCAAUAAUAUAAUCGAUUUACAAACUGA